GAACCUGGAAUAGUUCCUUUAAAAAUUUGCAUCAAAAUGCAAAAUGUGUUACAACAUGAACCAGCAUUUAAAAGACGGAAUUUCCUUCAUUGCCAUUUACUCAUCUCACUGUACUUAUAAAAAUAACUUUUCAAGUUAGAGCCACAUCUAGAAGGAGUAAGAUUUUGUGAUUUAGUUUUGCUGUUGUUAUUGAUUGCAAAUAGCUUGUCAUCAUCAAUCAUCUUGCAAGCUUUGGAUGAUGAUAUGUCUGAGAAAGAUCUUUUACAUUUUAGUAAUUUUAAGAUAUACCAGAAGAUGGAGCAGACAGCAAACAGCUUAAUGAACUAACUAUUCAGUAGAAACGUCCCUUGUUGAAAUUAAUGAAUGCCUAAUGAUCUCUCUCUUUCAAGCAACUCUAAUUCUAUCGUUUCCAUUUUUCUUUCUUUUAUAAUAGUUGAUUGUAUUCUCUUAACAGCUAAUAUUCCAACAUAUGUUGAUCCAGUCCCAGUUGGUUCUUGUUGUUUCAGAGCCUUCCAAAUAUGAUUCUGUCAUUUGUAAUGUUCCACUGAGCCCAAAUAUUAGACUUUGAGGAUAAAUUUGUGGUUAAAGAAGAAGCCAAGAAGAAGGCAAGGAAAAGAGAUUUCAUGACGACUCACCUGAGCAGCACUUCCUCACUUCCUUUCACUCACAGGGAAGCAGGUUUUGAAGAGCAAGGAAACACUUCAGCCUUCCCUGAUUAUGAUGAUUAUGAUGAUAUAUUUCAGGGGACAAAUGCAGUCACAUUGUUUCUUAUUUCCAUCUUUUAUUUAACAUGUGCACUGGGGCUGAUGGGUAAUGGAACUGUCCUCUGGUAUCUCUGUUUUGUUAUUAAGAAGAAUCCCAUCACCACCUACGUCCUGAACCUAGCUGCAGCUGAUUCUGCUGUGCUCAUUUGUUUGUUUUGCAUGACUUUACUUUCCCUUGUAGAAGAAACAAGUAAUUCCUCUGCCGUGUUGGCACUCUGUUUCUUCCUUGCCUAUUCCAGUAGCCAAUAUCUACUAACAGCUAUUAGUAUUGAGAAAUGUCUUUCUGUCAUUUUCCCAAUCUGGUAUCGAUGUCACCGACCGGAAUGCCUUUCUGCUAUUAUUUGUGUCCUUCUAUGGAUCAUGCCCUCUCUGCUUCUUGGACUACUUGUCUUCAUAAAUGUGGAUUUAAAAGUCAGUCAGAGCAUCUGCAUUAUUAACUUUAUACUUUGUACUCCACUUGUGAUCAUGUCCACUGCAGUUCUUUUUAUUAGAGUGUUCUGCAGCCUACAUCGUCGACAGCGUGGAAGAUUCUACACUGUUCUCUUGAUUACUCUUCUUGUCUUCCUCCUUUUUGGAACUCCACUUAGUAUUAUGCUCAUUUGUAUUUUUUUUGGAUAUCUGAAUGAGAUGUAUAUGGGUAUAUCUCUGAUCGGUGCCUGCAUUAAUAGCAGUGUCAAUCCACUGAUUUAUUUCCUAAUUGGGAGGAAAAAAAUGCAUCAGUCCAAAGAAACCUUAAGACUGAUAUUCCGAAGAGUUUUUAGUGAUAAUGUAGGCUGCAGAGAGAGUGGGCAAUCCGCCUAAACAUAUUCAUGAGUAUGAAAGUGGAGGUGCAUUGGGCUGCAAAAUUCUGCUUUGACAGAUAUGCUGUUAUUAUCUAUGCCAGUGUGCUUCUUUGUCAUGGCAUGCAAAAUAAAACUAUUUGCUUGAUAGCUAUGCCAGUGCACGGAGAGAAUGAAAGGAAAGUUAUCUCCACCAUUGCUCCCAGUUUUGUCACUUUUGUCAUGUGGACAGCAAUAAGUCCAAGCAGGAGAACAUUUGUAUGUUUUUUUAAAUUGAUCUUUAUUGAAUUUUAUAGCGGGGGUAUACAUCAAACAAGGGGGGUGGUGAAAUAUGUAUAUUAAUUUGAGAGUGCAUUUGUUACAUAACAUUUGUUACAACCUUUUAUAAGUAUAUACAACUUGCUUAUCGUGUUAUCUUCACUCCUAAUAUACUUCCAUACUAACACAUUUGUUGUCAAGAACAAAAAGAACCAGGAUGAUUAACCAUGUGAACCAUAAAGAGAAGAAGUUCUCCUGGUCAGACACAUAGUCUCCAUAUGAAGAUGAUUGUAGGACCAAAAAUGGAAGCCCAUUCCCCUUGUACUGAUUUAACUUUACAAUUUUAUGAUAUAAUUGGAAGCUAGAUUUGUCAAGACAAAAAGCUAAUCCAUGCUGAGCCAGCAUGCUAUCAUAGAAUUAUAGAAUCAUAGAGUUGGAAGAGACCCCUCGGACUAUCCAGUCCAACCCCUUGCCAGGAAGCGGGAAAAUUGCAUUCAAAGCAUCCCUGACAGAUGGCCAUCCAGUCUCUGUUAAAAAGCACCCAAAGACGGAGCCUCCAUCACAUUUCAGGGUAGAGAUUUCCACUGGUGAACACAGCUCUCACGGUUAGGAAGUUCUUCCUAAUGUUCAGUCUUUUGCAGGCUAAACAUGCCCAGCUCUUUAAGUAGCUUCUCAUAGGGCUUGUUCUCCAGACCAUUGAUCAUUUUAGUUGCUCUCCUCUGGACACAAUCCAGCUUGUCAACAUCUCCCUUCAAUUACAGUGCCCAAAACUGGACACAGUAUUCCAGGUGUGGUCUGACCAAGGCAGAGCAGACGGGUAGCAUGACUUCUCUAGAUUUAGACACUAGACUCCUGUUUAUGUAGGCCAAUAUCCCAUUGGCUUUUUUUUUUGCUGUCACAUCACAUUUUUGGCUCAUGUUCCCCU